AUGACCAUACUAGGAAAUUUUAUUCGUCGUACAUCAUUUCCUCGUCCAGAUGCUUGGGGAGGAGGUAGUCGUAGUGAAAUGGCAUAUUCCACGUCUCAACGUGGUGGAUGGAGUGAUCGUGCAUCAUCUCAAGGUGACCGCUGGAAUGCUGGCUAUCGUAAUAACAACCGAUAUACUUCGGGUUCGGGUUCUGGUUAUGGUGGUCGUGGCGGUCCUAUUACUGAAGAUGUGAUUGAUGGUUAUGGUUCUUGGCGUGAUGGUGUUCAUGUUGUUUCUCAAAGAAAUCAACGUAUGGAACGUGAUUUAUUUGGCUCUCCUGAUGAUCCUGAUCGUCAACACACUGGUAUCAAUUUCGAAAAAUAUGAUGAUAUCCCUGUUGAAGCUAGUGGAAAUAAUGUUCCAGAAUGUGUCUUGAAU